AUGGAGGCGGUAGCAGCUGAAGCGGAUCGUACUCUCUUUGUGGGCAACUUUGAAACGAAAGUGACAGAGGAGCUGCUUUUCGAGCUUUUCCACCAGGCUGGGCCAGUAAUAAAAGUGAAAAUUCCAAAAGAUAAGGAUGGUAAACCAAAGCAGUUUGCAUUUGUGAAUUUCAAACAUGAAGUAUCUGUUCCUUAUGCCAUAAAUCUGCUUAACAGAAUCAAACUUUAUGGAAGGCCCAUCAAAAUUCAGUUUAGAUCAGGAAGUAGCCGUGCCUCACAGGAGGUCAGUCUGUCAUAUCCCCAGCAUCAUGUUGGAAGUUCAAGCCCUACUUCCACAUCUCCUAGCAGGUAUGAAAGGACAGUGGAUAACAUGACUCCAUCAGCACCGAUAAUUCAAAGAUCUUUUUCUUCUUCAGAAAAUUUUCAGAGACAAGCAGUGAUGAACAGUGUUUUGAGAAAGAUGUCAUAUGGAGGGAAAUUUGGUUCUCCACAUCUGGAUCAACCAGGAUUUUCCCCAUCAGUUCAGUCACAUAAUCAUACUUUUAACCAGUCUUCAACCUCCCAGUGGUGCCAAGAUACACCAUUAUCACGGCAAAAAGUCAGACAGAAUUCUCAUCCCUACAUAGUGGAUAGACAUUAUAGCCGUGAACAGCUUUACACUGAUCACGGGUCUGACCAUCAUUACAGAGGAAACAGAGAUGAUUUCUUCUAUGAAGAGAGAAAUCACGAUGGCUGGAGCCAUGACUAUGAUAACAGAAGAGACAGUGGUAGAGAUGGAAAAUGGUGCUCAUCUCGACACUAACAAGU